CAAAACAUCUUACAGUGCAUACUAGUCCUUUAAGUUAUUUCUGUCAGUAGAGGACAAUUUCUUGGAUAUUCAAAGCUGUCUAUUUUUUCUCUUUUUGACACUUAAUUUCUCUUUCUCAGGACCAGCACCAGCAGAGGAGAGGUGCUUCAAUAGUUAAAAUAACAACUGCCUAGAACAGGGGAUGCCAUAUUCUUGUUUCUCAACAAUAAGCAGGGAGUUACACCUUAUGGCGAAUUCUUUAUCCAAGAAAUGUAAUAAGUGGCAGUUUCAGUAUUGUCAAUUGGUCAUGUUUUUCUUCAUUUAAAGAAUUGAGUGAAAAACAACAGACUGAAUAAAAAACAAUUGAUCCUCGCAUUAGUUGUAUUCAGAUUUUCAGAAAUUCAGAUAUGAGUGUAAAUUUUUACCAGUAUAUUGUUCUUUCUUGUUUUUUGAAAAAUUAGAAGCCCAGUCACACUGAUCAGGUUUAUCCCUAAGUAUAGCAGUGCCAUACUGUACACUGAGGAGGUGGUGAAUUUACCUAUUUACCUAUAGUUCCAGAUCACUUGAUAAUAUAUCUAUCUGUAAGAAAUGUUAAUGUAAGAUAAAGUACAUCCUUAAUGCAAUUUUUUUUAUUGAAUUCAGAUUGUAGGCCUACCCUACUUCUAACAGGGUUUUGGGUGCAUUGCGAGUUUUAUAAUAGUUAUCUCGUUUUACAUUAGAAAAAUGAUAAGCGCAUGCCAUUAAAAACGUGGAGGCUACAACACUAAGCUCCAAGUGUGGUAGUUUCAUAUUUCGGGUUAAUUACGCCCCAGGAAGAACGACAGCUUGCACCACAAGUCAGUAGGUUUCAAAGCUCAUUCCAUUGGCUGCUGUGCAUGAACAGGGUUUGGGUGGGAUCAAAGCCAGCUUUUUUUUUUUUGUCUGCUGUGGUCUGGAUCAGAUUUAAAACACAUGCUUCUGCACGCUUCUACAAGGGCAGUGAAUUCAAGGAAAAUAUCACAGAAUUGGAUUAAAGCUUUCAGCAACUAGAAACCUGUGUCGGUUGAGUAGAAUUUCAACAGGAAAAGAAAAAGAUUUAUCACUCAAAGACGGAAUACAUACUUUUAUGAGUAUUCUUCUGUACAGAUCACAGCAUUCCAGAAUUGAACAGCUUAUGAAUUUAACAAAACUUUGAAUGGGAACCUCUAAGGAAAUGUAAUACCUGUCUGACUGGUCCUGCUACAGAAUAUACAUAUAUAUUGGAGUUCUAAAUAACACAAUGAAGACACACUGCUGUAUCAUUAUGCACCUAUUGGCAGUUUCGUUUGCACGACUAAUGCAAGGGGCAGAGUAUGAUCAUGACACUCAACAGAGCAGGGAAGCCGUGGAGCACAGGAUUAGAUCUACCUCGAACCUAGAGGAGCUGCUGCAGACCACGCACUACGAGGACUGGAAGCUGUGGAAGUGCAGACUGAAACUCAAGGAGCUCGCGACCAAGAAUGAUCCCCCCUUGCUGACCUCUCACCGUUCCACGCGGUAUGCUGCUGCCGUCUACGACCUGGAAAUUCUGAAAGCCAUUGAUGAUGAAUGGCAGAAAAUCCAGUGCACGCCCCGGGAGACAUGCGUAGAUGUUGCCAAGGAGCUGGCCACUAACACAAACGUUUUCUUCAAGCCGCCUUGUGUGUCUGUCUUCAGGUGUGGUGGAUGCUGCAAUGAAGAAAGCCUGUCAUGCAGAAACACGAGUGUCUCCUACAUCACUAAAACACUCUUUCAAAUAUCCAUUCCACUGACAUACAUGCCACAGCCUGUGACCUUAGGAGUAGCCAAUCACACAGCCUGCAAGUGUAUGCCACCUACAAUGAUCCGAAGACAUGCUCCUCACCACCACAGAGACAACAGUUGCCACCAUUCACCAAAACCAUGUAAUAAUGUUGAGUUCUGGGACAGUACAACAUGUCAGUGCGUGCCAUACCCACAGAGGAGGAUGAGAGCAGAACUUUCUCCGAUCGCAGAGCUGGCAGUCUGUGGACCCUUUGCGAUGUUUGAUGAAGAUCUGUGUGAAUGUGUCUGCAGACGGGAAUGCCCCGUAAACUACUCCAUGAACUUUGGGAACUGUACCUGCCAGUGUUCUGAAAGCUCUGAGACCUGUGCCCAAAAAGACAGGCUUUUCGACCCAGAGUCUUGCAGCUGUAAGUGGGAGAGGGAGUGCCCAGUAAAACACUGUCAACCUGGAAGGUCUAACAAGCUGAAAAACUGCCAUUGUGUCAGGGAGAGAAAGAACCGCCACCCCUGAAACAGGGAGAAGACAGAGUGAACUCUCUUCAGAGCAUCACUUCAUAAGCUUCACUUAAUUUAUUAAUGUGUUUGUAUUAUUAUCAUUACUACACAAUGUAAUGUAAUCUAACUCUUAAUCCCCUUACAUGCAAUAUUAACAUAUUACUGUUGUAUGACUGUUGCUUUUCCAUUAAGUAAGCACUGAACAUUUAAUCUUCACUUUAAAGUUAUGGUAUUUUU